CCGUAACAACGGGGUCAGCUACGGGAACAUCAAGGGGCUGCUGCAACACAGUGCGAAGGUCUGCAUGGCCGCGUGCAAGGGGGAAACCGCGGCCGUUGAGCCGCCGAAGCAGGGAACAGGGAUGGAGGCUCACCGCGUUCAACAUCUGGUUUUGGGCAGCAUCGCGUCGGUGCGCCAAGCCGCCGAAAAUUUCCUUGAAAAGGAGGACGCACUUCAUAGUACUAUUCAACAAUGCUGUGCGUAGAGGCGUGAUACGACGCCCCGUGAGGGAUUUGACCGCCGAUAGGAGUAGCUGGAAGAGCAAGUGAAGAUCGCGCAGGGGACGAAUUGAUCGUGCUCUCCCUUGUUCGCGGUUUCGCGCGGGAAUCGUGGAGAAUGACUACAAGUGCUCGGUUACUCCCAACACUAUGGCUUCCAAGCUAUUUCGGCGAUCUCUGAUGUUAGUCUGUCACACAUGGACUUGCCCGCCGCUGAACUUCUCAUGGCUAUCUAUGACUUCGCUCCUCUGCAACUGCCACUAUGGCCCUAGAUGGCAUUGCUUGCCCAUGCCGACUUCUUCUAUUCCUCCGUUACUUACACAAUCCCGAGGAGCUUCUUGGCACUCGCGGGAUCACAGUACCAUAUAUACCAAGCACG